AGCGUGCUGCACGGGGCGACUCCUGGCAGAUUUCUCGGCUCGCUGGAGAGCGAGGAGGCAGCAGCUAAUCCUCCUAACGAUGAUUUUCCUCUUGCAGUAUUUCUUCCUGCUGGCCAUAGACUUAAUGCUCGCCGUGACCCUUUCCUGCCUCCUUUAUGCCUUUGCCUGCAUGUCCAUCGCAUGUCUGACCUGCUGCAUUGUCAUCUUCUCCUUCGGCACCGUGGGGAGGAAUGUUGAUGUGAAAGGGAGAGCGAUUGUAAUUCUUGUGUCCAACAGUUCCAUUGGGAGGAUGUUUGCAAGGAACCUGGAUAAAGCAGGUUUUGGGGUGUCUGCUGCACAGUGGCCUGCACAAGAGGAGAGGACUGCAAUAGAAGAAUGUUCUUCAAACAAUGAGGUAGCCCAGCUCAACAUGACUGAAGAUGAMUAUCAGAAGACAGUGAAAACCUUCAUAGAAAGCCACUUAUCCCUGAAAGGCYCUGCAGAGGAAGGACAUUUUGGAAGUCAGAGCACGCACCGCGAAGCCUCCCGUACUGCAGCCACCCUUCGGAGAGGCGGCAUAUAUGGGAAGAUGAGGAAGCCAUCCAUCCUGAUAUGGGAAGAAGGAGCACCGGACACACAUGGGCUACCUGAGAGAAAAACCUCCUGUGAUGGGAAGAAGAAUUUCAAGGCUCCACGMAGGAACAGCUUAUUGCAGUCAGUUCUCUAUGUCACAGUCCUCUUUYACCCACUGAACUGUGUCCUGAGUCUCCUGAAGAGAAGCUCACAGCUGCUUGUGCCUCUGCUGAAGUCCAAAAACUGACAGGUUCCUGUAUUCUCACUGCUGCAGGCUCUGAAGGCUCUGAAAUUCCAUUUACUCCAGCACAUGGCCACGAGAGCAACUGGAGUGCUGUUUCCAGCAUCCCUGCUUGAGAGAAAGCACCCAAAGCAUCAUUUGAUUCUCUGGUCCAGGCUUUAGGACAAGAGAGAAAACAGAAAAAAUAUUUUAAAAAGAAAAUGRAAAAACAGACAGCUCAUGAGAUGACCUGACAGUGUCCCCACUGGUCAGGCUAAUAUUUUCUUGAUCAAGAGGAAAGGGUCCCUGGCUCUCCAUCUAACAUCACUUCAGGUGUCUGGCUCUCAAUAGCAUAUUUAACCUUUCUGAGUGUUGGAUCAGGGCCAUAAACAGGCUCUGGAUGCUCCAUGGAACACAGAAGUGGAUAUAGCCUGUCAGCCCUGUCCUGUGUCACCAGUGGCUGCUGCAGCAGCUGGGAUGAGGCAGGACAUGCAGSCAAACAGCAGCAGCAAUGAACUCAGCUGAAAUGAGUGAACAGCACUGAAGAGGUAAAAACCCUCCUGCUGUCUUUCAUCCAGGAAGGAAACCCAUGGAGCACUGCACAUUAACACUGUSACACCACAGUGAAGAAAAGGAGCAUUGCUGGGAUCAGAAGUGACAAAUUCCUGGUAGCAGGGGAUUAUGAGCAGUGACUUCAAUUGUAAGACAACGAAAAACUGUGGAUGAAAACAGAAAACACCUUCAGAGCCAUGACACAGUCUCCAACUUCCUUGCAAGUCUAAUCUGUAAGGAAGAGAACACCGAGACACUGAAACUUUGGGUUGUUCAUUACAAUGCUGUACUGUACACACUGGGAUAUGCACAGAGGAAAAAACAUCUGAGGUGAAAGGAAAUAAAGGAAGAACUCUGCUGGGAAGCGAAAUGCUAGGGCUUGGUUUUCAUUAUCUAAAGCCACAACUCAGAACUGCCUGACUGAUGAUAAGAGAUGUCACCCAGGGARCUGGAUCUAGGGAGGGAAAGGAAAGCUUUCAAAACAGCUUCUGUAAGACAUUAAACCAGCUUAAUAUCAAACCAGACUGAAAAUAAACAUUUUAAUUCUGUAACAUCAAAGCACUGAGAGAGAACAUGCURAAGCAGAAAAUUCCUGAAUUAAAAGCUUGAGGUUUUAGUCUUUA